AGGAAAGCACACUUCAAUAUUCAUCUUUAGUAAAUUUUAUGAGUUAAUUAAUAUUUUACGAAAAAUUAAAUUAAUAUUGAGCUAUAUCUAUGAAUGGAUGGAAGAACGUGCUUACACUACACAUAUUUGCUGUUGAAUGGUUGGAAAGUCUUUUUCCUUUUCCCAACUUUUCAGUCUUUUUGCUUUUGAAGCUAUCAUUUCUCAAACCGCCACAUUCUUAUCUCCUUUCUAAUUAAUUGUUCAUUAAUCAACGUAUCAUCGUUCAUGUACAUACGAAGCAUAUCCAUGAUAAUUAAUUCAUAUAUAUUAAUUUCAACGAAGGUUCCAUGUUCCAACUAGACAACUCCCCCCCAACAAAAGAUUCCUUCAUGACUUAAUCAUUUCAUUUAUUUGUUAAAUUAUGCUCAACAACUCUUUACGGAAACAAUCAUGUUUCGAGUUGAUUAUCAAUGAAAUAUAUAUAUAUAUAUAUAUAUAUAAAUGUUUUCAAGAACGUAGCCAUCUCUAACCAACUCUUGAACAAUAUUUUAACAACUUGAAUUCAAAGCAAGAAACUGCGCGUCCAUUAUCUUCCUCUGUUGAUUUUCUUCACAUUCUCAAGUUUUCUCCCAAAAACCACAAAAUGGAUUGCUCAAUAUGCACCACAAUGCCAUCUAUUCUACGACCGCCGAGGAACACGAUAUGCGGAUCAUGCUACGAAGGGGCUCGAACCACUAUCGCGCUGCUCAAGAAGCUUGAGGGCGCGAACGAAGAUCAAGAUCAUGACAAAUCAACCGAUAAGUUCACCGUCAACAAUUGCUCCUCUCUUUCUUCUUCUCCUUUGUUUUCUCGCGAGCCGCAACCAUUACAAAAGGUGAUCAAAUGGAUAAAAAACAUGAAAGAAACAGAAGAGGAACAGAAGAAGAGAAUAGUCUUCUUGAGCAGCUUUGUUUCGGGAUUCAAAGAACAACUUCAUACUGAUAUUCUUCUAAAACCUGGCGAUGAUGGACCUCAUAUUCCUGCACAUAGAGCUUUGUUGGCUUCAAAAUCCGAGAUCUUCAAGAAUAUUUUAGAUUCAGACGAUUGCAAAACCGCUCCAGAAUACGCCAUAACUCUGCAAGAACUAAACUCAGAGGAACUUCAAGCUCUCUUGGAGUUUCUAUACACCGGCACAUUGGCUUCAGAUAAGUUGGAGAAGCACGUGUAUGCCUUGUUUGUUGCAGCCGAUAAGUACAUGAUUCAUUACUUGCAAGAGUUCUGCGAGCAAUAUAUGCUUAGUUCCUUGGAAAUAUCUAGCGUUCUUGAUGUUCUUGACGUCUCGGAUCUUGCUUCGAGCAAGACGUUAAAGGAAGCUGCUCUAGGUUUUGUGGUGCGAAACAUGGACGACAUUGUUUUCUCAGAUAACUACGAAGCUUUUUCUCAGAAAAACCAGCAUUUAUGCGUUCAAAUUACUAGGGCGUUCUUGAUGGAAAUGAGAAGCAAGAGACGUGAUUAAAUUAGUGAGAGAUGAAAAAGUGUAAUAAGCUUUUGUAUGUUUUGUUGUUUAUAGCUGUUCUUAAUCCUCCAAGCUAGCUCCAUAGCAAAUUAAAUGACUUCACUACUCGCCCUUGUACACAUUCACGUUCAUAUUACAACUUUUUUUUUCUCUUUUGAAUGAUGGCAAAAGAAGCAAUAUUAAAAUAAGCAUCGAGAUAAUUUAGUAAUCAA